AUGAGUAUAAUUUUCAGAAAACCUGAGAAGAAAGCCAAGUUCGAUACUUUCAAAGAAUAUUUACCAUCCAUGCCAUGGAAUCGAACUGAAGUCAGUCAAUUCGAUCUAGAAGAACAGCGAAGAAAAGAAGAACGAGAGGAAAGACUCAAAAAAUUGGAAGAGCAAACGAAGAAAAAUAAUGCGGAAAGAGAGUAAGAAUGAAUUCGAAUUUCGAUAUAGAAUAAUUGAAAUUCAGGCAAAGAUAUCGAGAACAAGAUGAAUCAGAUAGAAAAAAUGAAGAGUUGCGGAAACAACGAGAAGACAAUUUCAAGAAAAGAGUACAUGAAAUCGAGCAGGAAAGAACUAAAAAACAAAUCGAAACGGAUCGAGAAUUCGAAAAUCGAAUGAAACAAUUGGAUGAGAUAGCUGCUCAAAAUAUUGAAAGGCAAAACGAUGUAAGGUGUUUGUAUUAGGUCAUUUUGUGAAUCAAGAUUUUUGCAGAGGCAUGCUAGAAUUCUGGAUGCAACUGAAAGGGAAUAUGAGUCGAAAAUUGCUUCAAAACAAAGAGAGACUCAAAGGUAUUUCGAAUUUCAUUGAUUCUGAAAUCAAACUAUUUGUGAAGUUCAAUUUCAGUUUUAUUAACUCUAUCCAACAAGCAUCAGAAAGAAAUAGCAAUGAAUCGAAAAUGAGACAACAGCAGAUUAUCGAUGAAACUAAUGAACAUUUAAGGUAUGCAUUUCUAUGGGGGGAUUCAGGUAAAAUUUGAAAUCAGCAAACUCUAGAUUUUACAAAUUAAAAUACUUUUAUUCUAGAUUGGCUGAUGAGAGAAGUAAACAACGAGAAGACAAUUUCAAAAAAAGAGUUGAAGAAAUUUGA